GUGCCACCUGUUGCUAAGCUGAGCGCCACAGGUCAUAGCCAUGUCUGUGACAGCGGAUGGCUGCAAGUCCUACUACUAGUGCUAGUAUCCUAUGGCCCAGAAGUGGCUAGAUGAGAUCGUCUUCUUCAGCACGGGUCUAAUAGCCUAUUUUGGGAGCUAUGCCGUGACUUUGGCUGUCCCCCACUCCACCUUCGCCCUUAACCAUCCUGAAUCAGAAGGGCUAUACAUUCCACGGUGGAGUUCAAGGCAGGACUCCCCGCUCGCCUUCAGGACGGAGGAGACUCUGUGGGAUCGAGUGAGGAAAAGCCCCCUGGACGACUGGCCGACAGAGCCCCUAAGUGUUUGACCCAGCAGCUUUGUAUGCAAAUGCUCCGUACAUACUGGUGCUAUACCGCUACUAGUCCUGCUAUUACUGGCAGCACUGCCGUAACUGUACGAAGCAUUCGGCGAGUUUGAGCUUCUCC